CAAGAUGGAAAGUCAUAGUGACACGAGUGAGAGAAGAGAAAGUUCUGAAAAUAUUGUAACAGGGGGACCUGGAGAAGAUGAAAAUGAGAUCAUGUUUGUUGGUGACAACAUAGGUGGUGGUGCAUCUAGAAGUGAUCCGGAUUCUCCACGCGAUAAAUCGUCAAAGAUGAGGAAAUAUAUUAGGCAUAACGCCGACCAAAUUCAAGAGCUUGAAGCUGUUUUCAGAGAGAAUCAACAUCCUGACGAAAAAACACGACUAGAACUUGGAACGAAAUUGUCCAUGGAUAGCAAGCAGGUGAAAUUUUGGUUCCAGAAUAGAAGAACUCAACUGAAGUCGCAACUGAAACGCCAUGAAGCUGUAACGUUGAAACAAGAAAAUGAAAAGCUUCUCCUAGAGCAUGAAGCACUAAAGAAAGCCAUGAAAAACCCGAUUUGCAAUUGUUGUGGUACUCGGGCUACUGUUAACGACAUAAAUAUAGAUGAGUAUCAAACAAAGAUUGAGCAUGACCGGUUGAAAAAUGAAGUUACGAGGAUCAAUGUCCUGGCGAAAAAAUAUUUGGGACCUUCAGCACCCCUAGAAGGAUCAAUGACUUCCAUGAUGGAAAAUUCUGGGUUGGGAUUUGCUGCAGGAAGAAAUAGCUUUGGUGGUAUAAAUCUUGUGGACAAUGCAUCUCCAAUAGGAAUUGAUUUCGAGAAUGGUCUGUCAAGCCCUCUGGCAGUAAUUCCCCUGCGGCCCACCAUAAGCUUUGCUAAUGAAGAUGUAUCAUAUGAUAAGUCAAAGUUAAUGGAUCUUGCUUUUAAUGCCAUGAAUGAGCUACUUAUGCUGGCCAAUAUCGAUGAACCUCUCUGGUCCAGAAGCUUGGAUGGAGGUGGAGAAAAAUUGAAUCUUGUGGAAUAUGCUAAAUCGUUUACCCCAUUUAUUGGCAUAAAACCUGCAUAUUUCACAACAGAAGCCACAAGGGCAUCUGGUAUAGUUAUUAACAACAGUAUGACAUUGGUGGAGACAUUGAUGGAUAAGAAUCGAUGGGUGGAGAUGUUCUCAAGCAUUAUCGGGAAAACCUCUACUUUUGAUGUGAUUUCCACUGGAAUAGGUGGUAACAGGAGCGGCACUCAGCUAUUGAUUAGAACUGAAUUUCAAAUUAUUUCUGAUUUGGUUUCUGUCCGUGAAAUAAACUUUCUUCGCUUCUGCCAGCAACAUGCUGAAGGUAUCUGGGCUAUCGUGGAUGUAUCUGUUGACACAAUCCAAGAUGGUUCACAAAAAUGUGAAAUUAGGAAUUGCAGGAGGCUCCCUUCUGGCUGUAUUGUGCAAGAUAUGUCUAGUGGUUACUGCAAGGUUACUUGGAUCGAGCACAUGGAAUAUAAUGAAAAUUUUGUCCACCAAUUGUACCGCCCUUUGAUCAGUAUUGGCCUGGGGUUUGGCGCACAAAGGUGGAUGGCCACUCUCCAGAGGCAAUCCAAGUUCUUGGCAGUGGUGAUGUCUUCUGUUGACCCCACAGUUAUUUCAAGUGGUCAGAGAAGUAUAGGGAUGCUGGCUCAACGCAUGACUCGCAUCUUUUGCACUGCGGUUUGUGCAACCAUUCACAAGUGGGAAACAAUUCAAUUAGCAAAUGGAGAAGAUGCAAGGCUGAUGGUGAGGAAGAACGUUGGUGACCCUAGUGAACCUAUUGGUGUUGUGUUGAGUGCUACAAAGACCAUUUGGUUGCCGGUAAAACAACAACAUUUGUUUGAAUUCUUCAUGAAUGAACAAACGAGGAGCCAAUGGGAUGCUUUGUCCAGUAGUAGUCCCAUGCAACAGAUGAGCCACAUUUCCAAGGGUCAAAAUCGUGACAGUAGCAUCUCUCUUUUCUGUGCUAAUGGGGAUGACAUCAGUUCUAAUCAAAACAACAUGCUGAUCUUGCAAGACACUUGCAAGGAUGCCACAGGAUCCCUUUUAGUAUUUGCAAAGAUCGAUUCUCUAGCAAUGAAUGUGGUGAUGAGUGGGGGUGACUCUUCUUCUGUGGCUCUAUUGCCAUCUGGAAUUGCAAUAGUUCCCGAUUGUUUUCACAAUUGGUCUCAGAAGAAAGAUAACGACUUCUGUAGUGGAUCGUUAGUGACUAUCUUGUUCCAAGUAUUGGCGAACAACUCUCCUGUUGCAAAGAUUUCUACGGAGUCAUUGGAAAAAGUAAAAGGUCUCAUCUCUCGUUCAAUUCAUGGUAUCAAAACUGCUCUCAAGUGCAAGUGAUACUCCAAGACAAAUAUUGUUGGUUCAUUACUUCUUUUGAGACUUUACUUUUUU